GACAGCCUGCGUCAACUAAGCAAGUCUCCUUGCACUGAGCCAAAGGGUUUGUGCACCCUGAACCAGUUUUCAAUACUUAUUUUUAAAAUAAAGUGUUUGAACUGUGCAACACUGGAACGAAACCAAACAAAAGGUUCUGAAUCUAUGCUGCUUUUACAUGGAAACGGAGUUGAAGAGAGCGGUGAUAGCUGGUCCGGAAAUCAGAGCCAUGAAGUAGGAUGAUUUGGGCUGCUCCUCGGCCGGGUGCUCCUUCAACUGGGUCCCAGCUCCCUCAGCAAAACUGACUCUAGGAAAUUAUAUGGAACCAGCAAGAUGAACAAAAACAGACUGAUUCAUGAUUUCCUUGGCGUGGUUUCAAGGGGUGACGUGGAAUGCAUUUGUGGCCUUAUUCCUGAAGUCCACUCAGUCCUUGGAAAUCUUGACUUUCAGCACCCACAGACGGGGAACACGCCUCUCAUUACUGCUGCGGAAGAAAAUCUAGCAGAGGUUGUUGAGAUUCUUCUGGAAGGGGGCGCAGAUAUCACCCUUUGCAAUUACAGCAAUCAAACUGCGCUCCAUGUGGCUAAUGGUGACAUCCAGAGACAACUCUUGGCUGGCAAGGGAAUCCAGGCUCCCCAAAUGCAGCUCCUACGAAGCUCGUGGCUAGGUGAUCUGAAGCAGCUUCGACACUUGCUGGCAUGUGAAGAGUUCCUGGAUAUAAACUUCCCCAACUCGCAUGGUCUGACCCCUCUGAUGCUGGCUGUGAGAGAUGUGGACCUAUUUGAGAGUCUGGAUCUAUUAACAGCUUACAGACCUGAUGAAGUUCUAGCCGAGCUCCUCCGGCACCAUGCAGAUCCUAAGCUUUGUGAUUUCAGUGGCAAGUCAGCAAUACAUUAUGUGUCACAAAUUGAGAGUUGGAGGAAGCAGCAGUUACUGGACAUCCUGAUGGAUUCUAUGCCCAGACCAGAAAGACAUGCCGAGUCACUGCUUGACAUCUGUCAUGAGGCAGGCUCUACUCCAAUGGAGAUGACAGUUUCCCAAACUGAAAACCUCACCUUGCAGAGCAUCAGCAGCAGUGAGGACUUUGACCUUGAAGAUGACUUCAGCCCGUUCAUAUUGGCUAGGGAAGGAGCAGCUCCCAGGGGUGAAAACUGGCCACGAAGGACAGAAGGUGUGGAGAUUAUUGUGACGUUUCCACCGGAUCCUCUCCAAGAAGCAAGCCAAGAAGACUUGAAAGAAAGCAAUCAGGUGACUUCAGAGCAUCAGGAACGGGAACAAGUGCAUCCUGUCUCUCCACCAGAUGACGCGGAGAUGGUGGGCCUCACGGGGAGGAUGCUAACCACACAGCCUUCACUUCUGAAGACAGACGGAAGUUCUGAGGAGCUCUGUGGUGUGGACGUGGCUCUCUCACCACCCAGACCUUGCUUAGACUCAAGCCUUGCUGCAUCUGCAGCUGGGGAGGUGGCUCCUUGUGUUCUGAAAGAACAGCAAAGGCAAUCUGAUGAGUUUCCUACCUCUGACAUAAGCUACAGUAGCCGAAGAACUGGGCUUCCUCUGCCACCACUAUCAUGCUUGCCCAUGAGAUCUUGUAUCUUCAAUAUGGAAAAAAGCCCCAAGUCCCCAAGGCACAGGGAAAGAAAGGUCCCCAGCCUCAGCCUGUCUGUGCCUAAGCUCCUGGAACCUCUUAGCCGACCUCUUAGCCAAUCUGCAGAGUUUAGUUCAUCAAAGAACCAUCAAGAAGUCACGCAGGAAGGACCAGUGGAACACACCCUCAGGGGUUCUAACUGUACCCUCUGGUCCAGAAACAUGUGUUCUUUCCGGAAGAGCGGAAAACAGGGAGUAGCGGAGAGUUGGCCAUCCCAGGAAAUGGAAGGGUGGGACAAAACUAAAACCUCUGGCUUCAAAGAAGGGCCAUCUUUGUUCUCUUGUGAGAGUGUCAAAGAAGACACUACUCCUACAGAGAGGGAAAGGGAUAGUGGGUACCAUGUUAGUGAGAUGCAAAGAGGGGGAGAGGACUCCCAAUAUCUUUCAUCAAGAAAAAAAGAGAGUUGGACAGCCAGAGUGGUUGAGCGAGAUUCAGGGGUUGAGCACCCCAUUCUCUGCAAGCUCCUGGAAGUCUCAAAUUCAGAAAUGACCCCAGCAGAGGAGAAAGAGAUCGGAAAUGAGAACGUUCCUGAUGCCAAAAGCAAUUCUGUACACAAAUCUGGAGCAAUGGAGCCACAUGCAGCGUCAGAAGAGGUUAGUGUUCCUAAGAAUGGUCCCAGUGUGAACUCUGACGGCCCUGCUGAAGAGCUGGAAGGUCAUAGAGACAUAGAACAGAACAGAAAAAUACCAAUGGAGGAAGAAACAAAUCCCGAAAUGAAUGGGGUGGUGCCGCUUACUCACAUCGCAUUCCCUGGAGAAGGGACAUCCAAGGGACCCGCUAGAGCCGAACCACACCUCCAAAGGAGAAAGCGCCCGGCGCAGAACAGCAACAGCUUCAACCUGCUUGCUCACCGAGAACACGACAAACUCCAGACAAAUACUCAUAGAACCAAGUUGGAUUCAAGGACCAAGGCCAGGAACAGAGCACCCCCUAAUCUCAUGGUUUCCAUCCAAGCAUCCAUUAAGCCCAACAUGCAUAAAAACAGCAUAAAAACUCAAGUUUUCCCUGCUUUGGAACUUAUAGACCACAGACCUCAUCCCUCCUCCAAGUUUCAAAGGAGAGCACCUCUGACAGAAAAGAAGUCAACGCAUCAGACCCAGAAACCUAAAAAGCAAGCAUUUCCUCGAAUCGGUAAACAUGCAGGCAUAAAAAAGCCAGGCAUUCCCCUCUCCGCUGAAACAACAGAUCCGAGACUGCACUUCCUGGAUUUGAAGUACAGUGACAUGUUCAAAGAAAUCAACUCAGCCUCCAACGGACCAGGCAUCUAUGAGAUGUUUGGAACCCCUGUUUAUUGUCACAUUCGCGAGGCAGAAAGGCACGACCACAGAUGUUACCGUGAGAUACGUACGGCUCCAUCAGGCCGAUGUGUCGUUAAUAAAUGCCAGUCUUCCGAAAGUGACAGGUGCAGCAACAGCAGGGCAAGACUUCUUCAGAAGAGACAACACAUUAAACCCCCAAAGCCAUUGCAUGGUCUCAGGCAAAAGCACAGAGGGUUCAUUUCUAAAGACAAAGGUUGCAAGGAUAUGGGGGGCCAUACAGAGGAUAGCGUUUCAGAACCUGAUGGGCAGAUGAAAUCUCCAGGAAAUGACUUUCUAUCUUCCAAAGAUGACGCUCAACUCAUGCACUUGAUCCCCAUCCCUGAACUGUCCCCCGAACAGAAAGCACCCGCUCCAGUCUCAGAUCUAUCCAUUGUUGAGGAAAUCUUCACAGAGGAGUGUGCAGACGAAGAAGGCAUUCUCAACGAUGACAGCCUUACCCAAAGCCUUGGCGAUCUGAAAGAGCCUGAAGGGUUGCACCCCCAGGCCCCUCUCGUUCCUUCAGAAAACAGCUGGGCUGUGCUUAGCGAGAAGCGUUCGGGCAAGCGUGUGUCUCCAGAAAAGCACAAUGUAGAACCUCUUGAUAAAAUAAAUGCUGAGCAGAUGUUCCCGGGUUACCUGGAGUUUGAUAGCCUUUCAGAGAAGUCUAAAACACUGGUGAGCUUUUCCAGUUGCUCUUUCCAGGAGAACCUGGAAAGAGCCCCUUCCCCUACAGAACAACACUGGGCACGUUCUUUGGAGCAGGACAGCUUAGAAAAUAACUCCACCACAUACCAGACAUUUGGAAAGAUUUCCCAGGAAAUCUUAGACCCAGGAAAGAAUGAAGAGUUGACAGACGAGUUGCUGGGUUGUCUAGUUGAAGAACUGUUAGCACUCGAUGAGAAAGAUAACAACUCUUGCCAAAUAAUGACAAAUGAGGCAGACGCCAAAAACCUGAAUCUUGUCUUCAGCAGGAGAGGCAAUACCAUCGAAGAACUGGGCAGAGAGACAACAGAUGUCAAACUUCAGAGGUGUAUUAAUGGAUUCCGGAUAUAUGAUGAGGAAAACUUUCUUACCUCAAAUGAAAAGAAGACACUUUCUGACAAGAGCUUAAACCACGAAGAGGCUAUCUUCUGGACCAAGGGUGAGAUCCUUGGGAGAGGAGCCUAUGGCACAGUAUACUGUGGGCUCACCAGCCUAGGGCAGCUAAUAGCUGUAAAACAGGUGGCCUUGGAUACUUCUGAUAAACUGGCUACCGAGAAGGAAUACCGGAAACUGCAGGAGGAAGUGGAUUUGCUGAAGGCACUGAAGCAUGUCAACAUAGUAGCUUAUCUAGGGACGUGCUUGGAGGAGAACACUCUGAGCAUCUUCAUGGAAUUUGUCCCUGGUGGUUCCAUCUCUAGUAUAAUAAACCGCUUUGGGCCACUGCCUGAGAUGGUGUUCUGUAAAUACACAAGACAGAUCCUGCAAGGUGUUGCCUAUCUCCAUGACAACUGUGUGGUACAUCGAGAUAUCAAAGGGAACAACGUCAUGCUCAUGCCAACGGGAAUAAUAAAGUUGAUUGACUUCGGCUGUGCCAAGCGUUUGGCCUGGGCAGGCUUAAAUGGUACCCACAGUGACAUGCUCAAGUCCAUGCGUGGGACUCCAUACUGGAUGGCCCCGGAGGUCAUCAAUGAGUCUGGCUAUGGAAGGAAAUCAGAUAUAUGGAGCAUUGGCUGCACCGUGUUCGAGAUGGCCACAGGGAAGCCUCCUUUGGCUUCCAUGGAUAGGAUGGCAGCCAUGUUCUACAUUGGAGCCCACAGAGGCCUAAUGCCUCCUCUACCUGCCCGAUUCUCAGAACCUGCUGCGGACUUCGUGCGUUUGUGCCUGACCAGGGACCAGCAUGAGAGACCUUCUGCUCUCCAGCUCUUGAAGCACUCCUUCCUGAAGAGAAGCCAGUGAGCACACAUCGACUUCCCACUUUAAACCCCCAACCAUUGCUUUGCUGUGGGGAAUGAUGGUUAAGGGACUUGUUUUCCUAUUGUAAAUCCAACCCAGCCCUAUUUAACCAGAUCCUGCAGCAUUAGUGGAAAGUUUUAGUUAUGUACUGACCUUAAAUUUCAGGCACAUCUGCCUAUAUGCAUGUGAACAAUUUCAUACUAAGAAAACUACCAAAAACCCCAUUCCAGUGUUACAAUUUUGACUGCUCAAAAACUAUCUCUACUGAUUCAUAUUCUUCUUUUUUUUUUUUUUUUUUUUUGAGACAGGAUCUCACAACAUAGCCUUGGCUGUCCUGGAACUUGCUAUGUAGACCAGGUUAGCCUUGAACUCACAGAGAUCUACCUGCCUCUACCUCAGAGUGCUGAAAUUAAAGGCAUGAGCCACCACAGCCAGCUAAGUUCCUUUUAGGUUUAAAAUAAAUGACACACAUUUUGCCUGAUACUCUGUGUGUGUGUGUCUGUGUGUGCACAUAUGUAAAUCGAAGGUUGGCUUUGGUGUCUUCCUCUGUUGUCUAUUUUAUUUUUUGAGACUGGACCUGGAGCUCACCCACUGGAUAGGCUGGAUAGCAAGCUUGGGGUGAUCCUAGGCUCCUGGCUCUACUUUCCUAGUAAUUUUUAUUUUUAAUUUUUUAAAAUUUAUUUAUAUGAGUAAACUGUAGUUGUCUUCAUACACACCAGAAGAGGGCAUCAGAUCCCAUUACAGAUAGUUGUGAGCCACCAUGUGGUUGCUGGGAAUUGAACUCAGGACCUUUGGAAGAGCAGUCGGUGCUCUUAACUGCUGAGCCAUCUCCCCCCAGUAAUUUAAAAAAAAACAUUUUUUUAAAUGUGUACCUGAGUGUAUGUACACCGUGUGAAUGCAGGUGUCCUCAGAGGUCAGAUGAUGUCAGAUGCCCUGAAACUGGAGUUCCCAGGAGUUGUGAGCCCCCUGAUGUAUGUGCCAGGAACCUUGUAAGAGCAGUACAUGCCAUUAACUCUGCAGAGCCAUCCCUCCAGCUCCAGUCCAACAUGGUUGUGGGGAUGGGGGUGGGUGGAGGGAGUGACUGAAUUUAGGCCUCAAGCUUGUUCAGCAAGCAUUUUAACCACUGAGUUAUCCCUUCAGCCACCCAUGACUUAACUCUGGCAAAAGAAGUCUGGAGGAAGUUGGGAAGGUAGGGUGAGUCUAGGGAAUGCAGACUGUGAUGGUGUAGCCAACCUGUCAGAAAUGUGUGUGUGUGUGUGUAUGUGUGUGUAUGUGUGUACACACAUGACACUUUUGAGAUCAGGCUUUGGAGCAAUGAAGCCCAAGAAGCUGGAAUUUCCCGUUAUCUCAUGAUAACCUUGGAGUUCAGGAACCUUAGGACAUUUAAGAGGAGCUAAGGUGCUCCUUGAAUUCUUUGUGAACACAGAAGUCUUCAGGAAGCGGGGCAGCUGCUUACAGAUCUUCACUGCUAAGCCUGCUUGCUUUUCUGAAUUUUAGUUUUAAAAAAUGUAACUUUUGGGCUGGAGAAAUGGCUCAGAACUAAAGAGUACUUCUACAUAGGUUAAAAAAAAAUCAGUAUUUAAGAAAAAAAACCCAACUCAUUACUUUUUCUUUUGCUUCUCUGUAUUUUCCUUUCAUUUUGUUUGGUUUUCGGGGUUUUGAGAUAGGGUUUCUCUGUGUAGCCUUGGCUGUACUACCUAGAACUUGCUCUAUAGAUAGACCAAGCUGGCCUCAAACUCAAGAGGUUUACCUACCUCUGCCUCCCCAGUACUUAUUAAAGGCUGUGCCACUGCU